AUGUUGUCGUCCGGUUAUGAGCAAGUAGGACCCGCAUCCGUAUCCGCGGCAUCGCGACAAGAGGCUCAAGAUGGAGCACGACCAACACAGGCUGCCCCCGCCCGAACAACUCACACGCAAUCUAUACCAGCUAAGCCUCUUUUUGAGCUAGGAAGGAUCCAGUACGCUUUGCCGGGUCCCUUGCUUUACAUCGCAGCAGCAGCUAACAAGCUUUUGCUGUGCAUAGCUCCGGUGGAUGCGACGCCUAUGCGGCUUGUGUACCUUGACUUGGAUGAUCCCUCACGAACGCAAGAGGCCCUUUUGCCUCCGCCUAUUCAGGCCCGUGGAGCUCGUUGGCGUCAGCCGACAGAAUCAACGCGUGUGUUUAUCGAUCCUACCGCCCAACAUGCGCUCGCGUGUACCGGCACGCACACAUACUACUGGACACCAAGCUGGCCCCGCGCCCGACGCGUCCAACAACUCGAUGGCGUGCCUGUAACAGCAGUGGGAUGGGGUAGGCCACGAACUGACCCGCCUGUGCCAUUGCCAUCGCUUCCAGGCACGCGCAAAUGGAUAUGGACGCCACCGGUCUUGCUUGGCACAGCACGAGGUGAUCUAGUGGAAACGACCAUCACAGCGCAAGUAGGCGAAGAUCGUUUUGACUUGUUUGACCGCUGGGCGCGCAAGUCGGCCGGCUCAAUCGAUUAUCCAUUGGAACGAGGCACAUACCGGUUGUACUCGCUCGCAUCUGACGCCCAUCCGAUCACCGGCUUGUCUGUCGAGAUGAAAGAGAAAUGUGCUCUUAUUAUCGUCGCGACAUCGUCAAGACUCUAUGAGUUCGUGGGCGAAGUGUCGACAAGCGUAUCGGCAGAGGCGAGUCCCGUGUUUCUACGUGUGUUUGACAGCUAUAAGCAGAGCUUGCAGCCCCAUUGGAAGACGGAUUUACCACCGGGUCUGGGCACGCUUCUUACUGUGACGUCACCGGUGGCAUCGCCACCGCACGGCUCUACAGCUCGUAUGAUGGCUUGGCUCACAGGAGCUGGUAUUUACGCAGCGCAAAUUGAGGCAGGCACAGGUAGCUCAGGGGCAGAUCUAGUUGUUCUUCCUCGCAUGACCGAGUCACCCAUUGCCAUGGGCCGCACACCUCUACACUAUGUGCUUGUAUAUGCGGACUCGCUCGUAUGCAUGAAUGCCCUUGAUCCUGAGGUCAAGUAUGAAGUCCCGCUUCAAUUGCAAAGCCAUGAGCAAGUCCAGGGGCUUGUGGUGGACUGCUCUUCCCACACGUGCUGGAUGUACACGUCCAUGGGCGGCAUUCUAGAGCUGCUGGUCCACGACGAAGCGCGUGAUAUGUGGCACUUGCUCUUGAAGCGCCAACUCUUCGCGAGCGCGCUCAAGUUUUGCCGCGAUGACGAGAGCAGGAAACAAGUCCUCGAAAACCAAGGCAAUGCUCUGCUUGCCUCGGGCAAUGCUCUGAAAGCCGUCGAAUGCUACGCGGAAGCGCGUUCUCCCUCAUUUGAACACGUGGCACUCGCUCUCAUGGAUGCAGCGGCAGACAACGCACUUCGCCGGUACGUGAAGUUGUGUCUCGAUGCAUUGCCCCGCACCGCACGCGUCCAGCGUCUCAUGCUUGCCACAUGGCUUUUGGAACUCUUUGUGCGUGCGCUGCAUGUAAAUGAAAAAGAGUCUGAGCAGCAUCAUCACCUCAUGUCGGAGACAGAAUCAAUUUUGCGUCAACACGAUGCCGAUCUCGACCCUUCCGCCACGUACGCACUCCUAGCCCGACAGGGAUGCAUCGAUGUGUGGAUUACCUACGCAAAUAUUCGGCACGAUGUUCGCAAGAUUCUGCAGCACUGGAUCGAUCAGAAAUGCUGGGACAAGGCUUUGCAUGCUCUUAGCUCGCAGUCGUCGCCCGACAUGUACUACCAGUUUGCUAUGGUUCUUAUGCGGAACGCACCUGAAGCGACAGUACAAUGCUGGCAGCGAUGUGCUGACUCUCUGGAUAUCGAGCGCCUAAUACCUGCUUUGCUCCAGCACAAACCUGCUACAACGCACAGUACCGAUUUUUCUCUCGUUUACCUGCAGUAUAUGAUCGACGUGCAAGGAUGCAAGAGCCCAGCGGCUCAUGCACUUCGACUCACACGUCUCGUAGCUCGAGACAACGAAACGCCUGCUUUGCUCGCUUUUAUUGAGAAUGCCUCACCUGAGGCACUGGAUCUUUCAUAUGCGCUACGUGUCUGCUCAUCUGCAGGCCGCCGUGAGGCUUGCGUACGCCUCUAUGCUCGAAUGCACCAGUACGAAAAUGCUGUACACCUUGCCCUAGACGCCGACGACGUCGACUUGGCGUGCCUGUGUGCCGAUUUAGCCGCUGGCCAGCCUGCUUUGCAGCGUGAAUUGUGGCUCCAGUGCGCAAAGUAUGUGGUGCAUACACAAGCAACUAUGGAAGAGGCCAUGAAGUUCCUCUUACGCACUGACUUGCUCACAGUCGAGGACAUUUUGCCAUUCUUCCCUGACUUUAGUGUGAUUGAUGGCUUCAAGACGGAGAUUUGCGAUACACUGGAAAGCUACGUGGCGCGCAUCGGUGCGCUUAAAGAAGACAUGGAUCGUACAUCCAACACGGCUGCCAAUAUCCAGCAGGACAUCGAGCAACUAUCUAAGCGUGUCAUGGAAAUCGACGCUGACCAUCCUUGUCGGCAGUGUGGCGCCCCUCUCUUGGAGCGACAACUAUACCUUUUCCCUUGCCGCCAUGGGUUCCAUGCCGACUGCUUAACCCAGCUUGUCGCACAGCACUUGUCGCCACAGCGUCUACGACGUUUGCUCCAGCUGCAGAAUGAACUCAACGCUGUUACAGUCUCUACAGCUGCAGCUGAUACACACUCUGCCUCACUGCAGUCAUCUAAGGCAUCGCCUCUACCUCUAAGCAACUCUCUUGAGCGACUUCGUGAACAUGUGCGCCCACAGGCAAUUGUCGAUGCGAUUGCCAAUGGCUUCACCGUUGGCGUCACCAAUAGCCGCCGAGCUUUCGUCCCUCAUGACCCGAGCACCAGCCUAAAACACAUUUCAUCAAAGAACACACAGGAUCAACAAAUACUACAGCAACAACCACAUCAUCUUCAUCAUCGCGACUCAGACAUCAAGUCUUCCUCUACGCAACCAUCUGCGAGGACGGACGAUGUGGACGAACGCCGUGCUGAGCUCAAUUCCAUCGUUGCUGGCACAUGUCCCAUCUGCACUUGGAGUGUACAAGAAGUGGCUGCGCCCUUCACGGAUGACAAGGAUAGCGAAGAUGGAGACGACUGGCUGGUUUGA